GUCGCGAUCCCUGCCUUGUUCUCUGCUCGCUGUAGUGGCUCAGCCGACACUGUGGAUGAUGCUCGUGCGGCUUUCGGGCAGCCUAUUGAGGGCUGCUCCUCAGCGAGGCAUGCAAGCCCGGAGGACUAGCACCUCCACCAAGUCAGCGCAUGCCCAGUGGUACGCGGAGACCGUGCCGGCCAUGCUCCCCGUCGCGUUGUUGGGCUCGGCAGUCUAUCUGGGUCUACAACUGGCCCAGGUUUCGCUGGCCGCGGACAAGGAAGCGGAAGAGCUCAGGGCACGGGUAACAACGCUGGAAGCAGAGAUUGAAUCGUUGAAAGAAGAGAGAAAUCGCCAGUCGCGCCUGACCACUGUGGCAGGCUCUGGUUCCUCACUCAGACCUUGGUAUACGUGGUGGUUCUGACGAGAAGAAGGUUUCCGCAACCUUCACAAGCUAAGCGUACGGCAUCUGAGGCAGAGACCUGCCUUUCUACGGCCACAAGAAGGUGAAAAUAUUGUUGCCACGGCGAAACGCACCGGCAUCAGAUCAUGAGGAAGGUUUUGAAUCUGGACGUCCUCCGGUUUCAUGAACGUCUGCGAUCGCACGUCCAUAUCCGCCGUACCCCGUUCUGUGCCAUUGUUCGCCACUUCAGUAUGGGUAGCGUUUGGCCUGCUCAUCUCAGACGGCUAGAGAGCACUAUGAAUGCGCAUGCGGGGAUAGGCAGUAGAUAGCAUACGUGAAUGCAGCGCCGUUUUGUGAUUCUCGGGUGGGGUCACUCCG